UUUCAGUGAGUGAUUUGAUACGUAUAAUCUAGAUCGUCAAAACAUGUUCAUUUCGAGGCCUUUUUAAAAAUGUGUGUUGUUUAAGAUGUUUAAAGCAGGAAAAUUGAUAAAACUCAACAGCAGCCAAGAGACGGUAGAUAGUUCAACCUGAAAAUAAGCUGUCGACUGUUGAGUUCUUUUCAACAUGGUAUCCGAGAGGAUGAAUCGCAUACUUGAAUGCGUGCAUUAUCAAGCAUUCUACUUCAUCUUUUACGGCGGCUAUAUACCGUUCCUGUUAUAUUUUCCAAUAUAUUUGAAGCAUAUUGGCUUUAAUGCAACCCAAGUUGGUGUAAUCAGUGGUAUUCGUCCUUUAUUCCAGUCUAUUGCCACACCACUCCUGGUACUUAUCGGUGACAGACUACGCUCACGAAAACUGCUGUUUAUCGCAUCAUCUUUGAUCGCUAUAGUGAAACUUAUUUGCCUGUUUCUGUUACUAAAACCAUCACACCAACAAUGUGUAGUUACAACUGUGGAAUAUGCGAAUGAUACUCGAACUGUUACCAAACAUUCGUUUGUUAUCGUCCACAAAUUGAGUAAACGGGACGUUAUGGAUCGUUGGUCACCGCAAGGAAAAAAUCAAAACUACACAACUUUGAAAGAAAAUUUCGACCAAAAUGGCGAAACACAACUACACUACCCGACAAAGGUUUUGUUAGGCUAUAAAGGAGAACACGUAGCGGUUAAAUGGGAGGAAAACGAUGGCAAUAAUACCAUACAUGGAAUGAACAAAACAGAGCCCGAAAAUCCAGAAAGAAACAAUACAAUAUUCAAUCCCAAUAUUACGAAGGCGAACUACACAACGGUAGCGAAGAGAAAUCAUUCAAAAACUGAAUAUCGUAUUAGCAAUGACGAAACUGAAGUCCGCCACCUUUUCUACAGCUUGUUGGUUGUGGUGUUGAUAAGUGAUAUAUUUGAUGCAGCCAUGUUUACGCUUGUCGAUCAUUCAUGCAUUGACCACCAACGACAGAACUAUGGUUUUUCUCGACUAUGGGGAAGUUUAGGCUGGGGUUGCAUGGCUCCUGCUAUCGCAAUAGUCUUGCAUGUUGCCCCACACGAGUUGUGCGGACGUAUGGUAGAUACUUAUCAUUAUGUAUUUAUUUUUGCGAUUGUGUUUUUCAACAUCUCACUGUUAGUCGGUUCGCAUCUUGAUUUAGAUGCUGAUUUCAGUGAUGUUAAAGUAAAGAAAGUGCACGGAACUCGAUCAAAUUUCCAUUAUGGCAUGUUCCUCAUUGUGUUUGCUUACGCUGGUUUCUGUAACGGAUUCUUAUUUACGUUUGUGAACUGGUUCAUAGAUAGUAUCGGCGGGAGUGCAGCGAUUAUGGGAGUGGCUACAGGGUGCAAGUGUAUCGUCGAUGUGGUUCUAUUCUUUCUACUGAGAAAAAUCAUUGAUUACGUUGGACAUGUUCCAACAAUCAGUCUCGGCCUCGUUGGUCAUAUUGCAGUUUUUUUUAUCUUCUCUCGCACAACAAGUCCCUGGGUGGUGAUCCUGAUUGAAAUCAUGCAUGCGACAUUUUAUGGUUUUCUGGUGUCCACUUGUGCGUAUUUUCUUGAUCAGUCCGUUCCGGCUGGCUCUGAUCUUCGAUUGCAAGGUAUGUAUCGUUAUCAUAAGUUACCACUCGUCGUCUUUAAUAUUAUUAGUCAAGUGCCCAGAAUAUAUUUAACUGUGCAUGCAACUAAUAUGCAUUUCAGUAGCCGUAUACUAACGUAUACAGUAUAUACCGUACAGUUACAUAGCAUUUGCCUUUUUACUGGCCCUUAAAAUCACGAUGCAGUAGUGAUUAUGUAUACUUCGCGUAGCCAAAAUGUUUGGCCAAAUGGAGCCAGGAAAAUCCUAGGGAGACAUCUUCACUAUAAGGCAUAUUCAGAAGACCAGGGAGUACUAAGCGGGGGGUGGGGGAGUCAAAGUGUCGUGCACAAUAUAGUGACAACGAUUUGGCCAUGCUAAGUGCACGUAUUAUCACAUGUUUUAAAAAAAAUGUUUAUUUAAAUCAUGUCAAAUUUGAUUUUUUCUACCACAGUGUACUCACAUCAACAGGUGUUAUUAUCAAAAUCACUAGAUCUCGAGAUUUGCAUGCGGGUUCGUGCAGAGUUGAUUUUAUACUGAUGCAGUAUAUCACGUGAUGAACAUUUUAGACACCUCAUUGACUGCUGCCGAUAUUCAACUGGAAAUGAUGUUUUUACGCCUUUUAUGAUCGAGAAAUUAUCUUUAUAACAUUUUAAAAGCAAUAUUUUUUACUAUGAUUUAAGGUGUGAAGGUACAGUCUACAAUAUUCUUGACAGUGGCGGAAAUUCACUUUUUGCGGGGGGGGGGGCAAAGCCUCCUAAAUUUCCGACAAAACUUUCAAUUUCCGACAACCCCUUCAUUUGCACUCGAAAAGACCGUUUUUAGCCCUCUUAGGUCAAAAUUUCCGAAAAUUCGGCAAUUUCCGUGAAGGUGGGGGGCGGCCGCCACCGACCAAGAUUUCCGCCACUGAUUCUUGAACUGACACCUCUCUCCCCCGCAGAGGCUUUUAAUUAAAGGAAUAAGUUCGAAGAAAUAAAUUUGAAAUUGCGCUAGAAGGUAUCUGAUAUGAAGAAAACCGCUGAAAAUCGAUGCGCGGGCUUUUCAACGGUUUUCUUCAUAGCAGAUACCUUCUAGCGCAAUUUAUUCCUUCGAAUUUAUUCCUUCAAUUAAAGGCCGUUUUCCACUAGGCGGAAUUUUCCGCGCGGAGCGAAAUUUCUCUUUGUUUUGUGAUUUCUCGGGUGGAACUAGUUAGAAAAGACAAAGAGAAAUUCCGCUCCGCGCGGAAAAUUCCGCCUAGUGGAAACGUAAAGGCCGUUUUCCACUAGGCGGAAUUUUCCGCGCGGAGCGGAAUUUCUCUUUGUCUUGUGAUUUCUCGGGUGGAACUAAUUAGAAAAGACAAAGAGAAAUUCCGCUCCGCGCGAAAAAUUCCGCCUAGUGGAAAACGGCCUUUAGUUUUGUGUUUUUCUUUGAGUGCUUGCGGCGCGCGACAAAUGUCAGGGGAAUGGGGCGAGUUUAUUUUUAAAUUUACAUUUGGUGCGUUCUACACGUAUUUUUGGGCAGUGUCUAUGAUGAUACAUAAAAUCAAUUCCCGCGGUACAAAUCUGGAGAGACCAAUUUACCAGUCUAGUGAUUUUGAUAACACUAAAAUUGAGAAUUGACAGUUUUGAAUGAUAGUUCUUCCUUGGAAACAUGCAUGGUCUCAGAUUAAGUGUACCAUAUCGUGGGUUUCAUUAAAUUCACUAAUUUAAAGUGCAUAUGAAACAAAAAUUAGUUUGUCUAAUUCAGUAUUUAUAAAAACGUAUAGCUUCGAUAUAGAGAUACUUCGUAUAGAGAUAUUUCAGUUAGUUUGAUAAACGUGUCAAGACUUCUACGUCAGAUAUACUGCAUAAUGAGUUUUUGAAAAUGUUAUGAAAUGAAAUUAUUAAAGAAUCCAGGUAUUUGAUGUUGUAAAACAACACAAGUCCACACUAUACUUCUAAAAAGCGAUUUUGUUUCAUAAUGGCAAGGAUAUACAACGUACGUAAUCUGAUAAGUAACUCAUUAUGCCGAUUUUGUGACGUAGAAAACAUGACGCAUAUAUGAAACUAAUUGAAGAGCAGAUGUCAUUGAGAGGUUUCAGCCGUGGCUGACUGGCUGAGUCAGUCAAACCCAGCGUAUAACCCGGUUAAACGAGCGAAAUUGUUCACGUAGUUAGAUAUAGUACGUUUAAAAUUUCAGCAUGAGUAAUGGUAAUAUUUUGAAAUAGAGUUAUUCCGCUUCUUACUGAGUCAUUCAAUGAUUACAGUAUAUAUGUAUAUUGUUCAACUUGUGCGAGAUUGUGGUUGCAUGUAUAGGCAGGGGCGCGCGCAACUUGAGUGUACGUAUUGGGGAUGGGGGAUGGUUGUGAGUUCGUCUUGCCCGAUAGAAGGGCGUGGUCACCAACCAAAGCGCAUACGAACGGAAACAGAAAACACACAACAUUAACACAAACUGCAUUUGAACUAAUGACUGAUAAAGUGUUUAAUACUGUGAGGUCCUUAUAAUUCUCAUCAACUUUCAAUGCGUUUACACAGAGAUGACAAAUUCCAUAAAGCCAUGAUAAGCCAUAUCAAUCUGACAAUCUGCCAUGAAAUUCGUGAACUUUUCUAUCAAUCUACCUUUACCUCAGAUGACUUCAAUUGCUUUGCCCGACAUACAAUCCAACACUAAGCAAAAUUUGCCCGAGUAUCAUACCAUUUUUAAACUUUGGGAGGUGCCACACCCCCCACGCCCCCAACAUUUGCGACCUUGAAACUCGGCGCGGCCAGUAAUUUUGUCAUGUAAAUUGCAUGUUGUAUUCUAAUAGGAUUUUGUCGUUUCCGGCAUAUAAUCAGCCCCUUAUUGCAUGUAUCAAAUAAUUCUUUAUUAAAGUCCUUUGAUUAUUAUUCAACUUCUUUAGCAUUACUUCAUGGUAUAUACUGGGGUGUUGGUUCUGGAUCUGGUGCCUUAUUCUCAGGACUACACGUUAAUUCUAACGGCUUCAAGGGGACAUUCCUUAUUUUCACUUGGAUGACUACAGCUGUAGCUUUCAUAUACCUGGCUGUUGAACUGCUGACGUUUGUGAUUGAUAUCAAAAUCAAUGGCGAGAGUGACAAACUUGCAACGUCAUCCUCAGGAUCAGAAGCUGAUGUCAGUAGUGAAGGAGCAAGCUCAGAGAAUGAAGAGGAGUGAACAGUCAAGUAAUUCAGGUUUUAUCUCUUUUCUAUUGUUUACAGUUUCGUUUUUUAGGACUGAGUUACUUUUGAAAGAGAGACGGAGUUUCAAAUAUAAUUAAAAUUCGCUAAAGUUUUAGCUCCUAAAUUCGGCGAUUAAUACUCUGAGUGCUCAACGUUAACACUGAUCAGUUUCUGAAUGAAAAAUAAACUGCUUCAGGGUACUAAAAUAAUUGCUCUUUCACACCAGAAUGUUUCAGCCGGAGAAUCAUCAGGGGCGCACAUUAGGAUGGGUGUGUGUGGGGUGUGGGGGAUGGGGGGUGUGACACCCCCAUGUUUCAGUUGUGAAAUAUAUCUAAAAAGUCAGUCCCGGAAACCUGAUUGGGACAAAAAAGUCGGUCCGGCUAAAAUCUGAAAGAUAUCAUUUUGUGUCGAAAAAUGAAAAAGUGUCGACAUUUUGGAAAUGGAAAUUUCCUAAAAAUAACAAAAACGCAUACACAAACCAACAGAUCAAUCAUAUUAUACUAGCAUCAAAUAAUCAACUUCCGUGUUGCAACAGUUCAGCCAAUAUAAUGUGAUCAGAUUACCUCAAGUCCCGCGGUACGCAGUCAAAACUGCGCAUUGUUUGUCUUGUCGCACAAACUGAGUCUGAAACUUUGAAAGGCAGAAGUUCAGCGGCGUAGGCAAGAGGGUGGCAAGGGGACUCUGCAAUGGACAAAAGGACUGCCCUUAAUUGUGAAAAGCUGAAAUCCGGUCAGAAAUUGGGAAGGGGGUACGAUGUGUGAAUAAUGAUACCCAUCUCUUCUGUUUGCCAAUAAAAGUUGUAGUCUUCCCUAUCUAGAAAUACUAGAAUCCCAACUCGAGUAAAAAAUGCCUAUGGUUGUUGAAAGCACAUUUGAACUUGAAUUUGCGCGCAUACUAGUAGCUGCAGUCAUGACCAACUUCUACCCAAAAGGAAGCCAUCGUGCUAAUGUAUUUGCGUGUACAGUACAAUGUUUUACAUCAGUAUUUUUUUCCAUUUAACAACUAGGCGACUGCAAAAUGCAUUUUUUGUGGUUGUAAAGUUUUCUUCAAACCUCGUCCUAAAAUACGUGAAAUAAUCGUCUAUGAGUCAUCCGCAAUUUACGCCUUUUUUAUCAAACACAAAUACUACAAAAGUGGGUCCCAGAACAUGACAUCCUCUUAACGAAACUUGAUCUUUAUGGCCUACAGAAGCCAUCAUUAAACCUUUUAGGAUCCUAUUUAGCGAAUAGAACCCAAAUGUGCUCCGUUAAUGGCGCUCUGUCGGGCACGAAGUUGGUUACAUGUGGAAUCCCUCAAGGUUCAAUUCUUGGCCCACUCUUAUUCUUGAUCUACAUUAAUGAUCUGCCUAACAGUUUGGAGUACUCGUCGACAAAAAUGUUUGCCGACGAUACGACUCUAACUGUAUCUGGCAAGUCAAUCCAAGAUGUAGAGGUGGCCAUAAAUCAUGACCUUACCAACGUUAAACAAUGGCUUUCUGCAAAUAGAUUAUCUCUUAAUCUAGUCAAAACUGAGUAUCUACUAAUAGGAUCUCGGUACAACAUAAAUAAUUUACUUGCUGCUCCAAAUGUAUUUGUUGGUGAUACACCAAUUAAAAAGGUCAAAGAAACAAAAGCGCUUGGAGUUCAUAUUGACGAAUUUUUAUUGUGGGAUAAGCAUAUUGAUAAAAUUGCUAAGAAGAUUUCAUCCGGAAUUGGGGCGAUCAGAAAGCUAAAAUCUUGUGUGGAUCAUAAUACAUUAAUUUGUGCUUAUAAUGCACUUAUACUUCCACACCUAGAUUAUUGCUGCGAAGUUUGGGACACCAUUGGUGCCACACUUUCUGAUCGACUCGAGAAACUACAAAAUAGGGCAGCUAGAGUUAUUACUGGCCGUAAAAACGAACACGGUCAAUCUGAACUUGCUCUAGACGAACUGAAAUGGAGACCUUUAAGUGAACGCAGAACACAUUUCGUAGCAAGUCUUAUGUAUAAAAUAACUCGUGAACUGGCGCCAAAACGACUAACCAAUAUUUUUCAAAGGACGUCUUCCUCUUAUUACUAUAAUAUGCGAGGCUCUUCCACCAAACUCUUUUUGCCCAAACCUAAGACUGAAUAUCUUAAAAAAAGUCUUAGUUAUAGAGGAGCGAAAUUGUGGAACAGCCUUUCUGAUGAAGCAAGAAACAAACAUACUAUUGCUUCGUUUAAUUCAUGUAUACGACACCUGGCCAAUUAAUUAAUUAAUUAAUAAAAUAAUUACGUUAAUCUAAAAUAUUGAACAGUACUAACAUUAAUUUAAUUUGUAAAUAAUUAUAUACUAGUUGUAUUUGUAAAUGUAUUGUAAUUGUUGUUAACUGUAAUGUAAUGUAAUGUAUGACCAUAAUUUGUAUCAAUUGUAUUUUUUAACUAUUUAAAUCUACGCCCCCCUUGGAAAUCAGCCUUCGCUGUAGGGGUUAGCGUAGUUAAAUAAAGUUUUACCUACCUACCUAGAACAUAGGACAUUUUUUAAUGUGCGCCCCUAAGAAUCAUAUUAAUUUUCCAGAAACCAAAGAAUUUUUCCGGAAAAUACUGGGGAGGGAGGGAGGUCCCAAAAAAUUUUUCAAACACUAGGUUUACAUAAUGAGGGCUUAAAUUUAGUUUUGAAGACCUUUUUACUGCCAAUUUUCAAGAAUAUUCCUUAAUAUUUAACACGUUCCACUUUCCAGGGCCCCCUCUCCGCAAGCUGGGCCUCCCUUUUUACUUUUCUUUGGGGGAGUGAUACACACACACACACACACAUACCCAGUUGGCACGGCCCUGAUUACAUUACUUAUAAGAUGUUUACGUGUGCAUCUAUUCAAUCCUUUGAAAAUGGAGAUUUUCGAAACAACUAUUUCAACUCAGUGUGGAAUUGAUCUCUAAUAUAUUAAUGCAAAGACAUGUAAAAGUUUUUGCCUGGACUGUUGAAACGAUGAAACUAACAGAGGUGUUUGCAAAUUUGGAAAGUAUCUAUUACACGUUUUAGGCAAACCUUGUUUUAAUUGUGUUUGCGUAAAAUAUGCAUACCAUAUUUGAACUACAGUUUAUUAAUAAAUGUAGUGUAUUCCAGCAUGCAGUCAUUCCAAACGUUGUUGAGAAGACUGGGACCGAGUGUUUAAAAGUAACAAUAUGAGGAACGUCCUCGUUCCCUGAGGUUCUCGGUCGCGCGCGACCUUCCGACGCUUUGGGAAACACGGAAUCGGAAGUGUUACGAAGAGAAGUAUUUGUGUUGAUAUAUUUAGUGAUUUGCCUAGCGAAAACUGCUCAACUUCUGGGAAAUAACAGUUCUCUGAGAAGCCAAUCAGAUCUCUCCCUUUAGUCGUCUAACCCAGAGCCUAAUUUUCAACGAGUGGCUAUGGAGACGAGAAUGUAUGAGGAAAGGAACUCGCCACUGGUAAGAGCGGCUUAAAAAUAAUUAGUACAGGAUAUACAAAGUUUGACUACAUUUAGAUAAAUACAAUAUGCAUGAAUACUGGGCUUUCACAAACUUCCAAAAUUACUAUGACAAUGGGUUUUGAGGCGUCCCCCAAAUGCCCCCAAUAGGCCAAUACAAUGUAUUUUAUAGUAAUUUUCCAAAUUUUUGAAAGCUUGUUACUUAUACCACAGUUUAUACGUAUAUGUAUCUAAAUCUGCUCAGUCAAUCUUUACGUACCUACUAAUUUUGAGCUGAUCUUUCCACUGGUGAAGUUUACGUAUUAAUUUUGUUACUUAUUUGUUACUGGGUCUCAGUCUUCAACUUCGGAAUAGCGGACGUUUUAGGACCUUUUAGCUUUAAUUUUUGUAAAUUUGUAAUUUUUGUGUUCAGGUUAAUUAAUUAAAUAUGUGCGUGAAUCAACAAUUUAUCAACGUCUAUUAAUUAAACGAAUUUAG